AUGAUAACUCUCAGAGGAGUGAUACUUGUUAUGUUGAGAAGUGCCUUCAUUGUUGCAUUCCUCAGCAUUCCUAACCCCAUUGUGGCUUUCACGGGCUUCAAGAAUUGGUCCAGAAGGGCAAUAUACCAUAAAAUCGACCUUUGCACUCAAGCUUGCUACAGUCAGAUAAUUCCUGGCCUCUACCUCAGCAAUGCAAGAGCAGCCGCCGACAAAAAUGUUCUCAGACGCCUCAAUAUCACCCACGUGCUCACGAUUGAAGCACAUCGCCUUCCAAAAUCCACUUUUACAGAUACCGACAUCAGCACACUCUUCAUUAGGGCCUACGACACUCCUCAAACCCAUCUCCUGCCCUACUUCCCUAUGGCCAACGCUUUCAUCGAUGAAGGACUGCAGAAGGGAAACGUGUUGGUGCACUGCCAUUUCGGAGUAUCCCGGUCCGCCACGCUCGUCAUCGCCUAUAUCAUGGAGAAGUACAAGCUGACGUUUGAGCAGGCAUUCGUGUAUGUAAGACAAAGGCGGAGGUUUAUAAACCCAAACCCGGGGUUUGUCAGCCAGUUGCGGGAGUACCAGAGACUGAAUUACGACGUGAAUGGAUUCUACAGGUUCGAAGCGUAUAUGAACGUGAAUGCCCGAAAGCAUAAAUAUAAGAUAGCUUCCCUUGCCGCCGUCGUCGUGGGCAUCCUCGUACCUCUUGCUGUGUUAGUCGGUUAA